CAUUAGAGUCAAUAUAACCGAUGAAAAUAGAAUUCCAAAUUAAAAUUCAGGCAGACAAUCAACUAAACUUAUGAAUCAAACAUUUCAAUUUGUUUGGAAUGCAAAGUCGGUUGUUAUUUGUAAUAAGAGACCGAAUGAAUUUUAUUUUUAAUAUAAAACAGCAAUCAACCUCGACUCGAGUCACAUUCAUCCAUCAUCAUCGCCCCAAAACCCUAGCUUUUGUUGUUUUGAUUUUUAUGACUUGGCUUCUUUCACGCUAACGCUAAACCAUGGAGACGGAUGGGUCCUCCAUGAAUAUGAUCGAUGAGAUAGAGUACGUGAGCUAUGGGGGAGAGCAUCACUUGCCCCUUAUCAUGCGCCUCGUUGAUGAAGAACUCAGCGAACCCUACUCCAUCUUUACCUAUCGUUACUUUGUCUAUCUCUGGCCCAAUCUCUCCUUCCUCGCUUUUCACAAAGGAAAAUGCAUCGGAACCGUUGUUUCUAAGAUGGGAGAGCACCGUAACACUUUCAGAGGCUACAUUGCUAUGCUCGUCGUCCUCAAACCUUACCGUCACAAGGGCAUUGCUACAGAACUUGUUACCAGAUCCAUUACAGUGAUGAUGGAAUCAGGCUGUGAAGAGGUAACAUUAGAAGCAGAAGUUACAAAUAAGGGAGCACUUGCGUUAUAUGGCCGCCUUGGGUUUAUAAGAGCAAAACGGCUAUUUAGAUACUACUUGAAUGGCGUCGACGCAUUUCGACUGAAGCUUCUAUUUCCCCAUCCAGAAUUACCACCCUCCCACUCCAUGAUGUCAUCAGUCCUUGAGAGUURUGGAGCAGAUGAAAUGGUGCCCCCAAAGAAAGAUUGGUCCCCGAGUGAAGUUUAGAAUAGGAUUUCUGUUUACAGAUGAUGAUAUAGUGAACCUUUUGUUACCCAAUGAAAUGCUUAUCUAUUGAUAAUGAUAGUUAUUUGUUGUUAAAACACUUAUGCAUACGCAUCACCGACUGAAAAGGAAUCCAAGCUGUGMGCUUCAAACGGUUGGAAGUAAAAGAGAGACGAGAAACAUGUAGACAAUUUUGUUAAACUCCUUGUUCAUGCAAAGGAGAAAGGUUGUAUUCAUCAAGUAACCGGAAACAUGAGAGGAUUAAAUUAAAUUCAUCUCCAUAUUGGAUUAUAUAUGCUGUGUGGAAUA